AUGGUGGAAGAGAAACCACCACCACCACCACCACCGCCGCCGCCACUCGAGUUAACCCUAACAAACCCUCAACUCGCUAAACUAUGCAAAGAGAAUGACGUGGCGGGGCUUCAUAAGUUCAUUUCAGACAACCGGAAAAAUCUUGCCACCAUAAAGGAGGAGAUUCCGGUGGCUUUACAGGUGGCGGAUGAUCCAGGUGGUUUUGUUUUGGAUUCGGUUAGUGGGUUUUACAAUUUGGUUGAUGGGAAAAAGGAUGCGAAUCUUUUAGGGCAACGAAGAACGUGUAUUAUGUUAAUGGAGUGUUUGAGUGUUUUGUUGGAGAAUGUUGAUGGGGUUUAUGUUAAAAGGGUAAUUUCGGAAAAUGUGAAGGAAAGGGCGAAGGGUAUUGCUGAUGAAUGGAAACCGAAAUUGGAUGAUCUUGAUUUGGAUGCAAGUAAUGGGAAUUCAUUGGAAGCUCAUGCUUUUUUGCAACUUGUUGCUACUUUUGGUAUUCAUUCUUGUUUUCUUAAAGAAGAUUUGAUAAAAUUGGUGCCAAUGGUGGCUCGCCGCCACCAAACUGCUGAUCUUUGCCGCUUCCUUGGGUUGUCAGAGAAGAUGCCAGGUGUAAUUGAUGUGUUGGUGAAUAGUGGAAGGCAUAUCGAUGCUGUUAACUUAGCAUUUGCUUUUGAGCUUACAGAGCAAUUCUCUCCUGUUUCAUUAUUGAAAUCAUACUUAACAGAAGCAAGGAGAGUCCCUUCACUCAUCAAAUUAGGAAAUUUAUCUCCUGCACAGAAUGAUGUAAGCGAGCGAGAACUAUCUGCCCUAAAAACCGUAAUCAAAUGCAUCGAAGAACACAAGCUUGAAGACCAGUACCCGGUGGGCUCGCUUCAAAAACGAAUACUUCAACUCGAGAAAGCCAAGGCCGACAAAAAACGCGCUACAGAAGUCGCCAAACCACAACCCAAAAGACCCCGAGCCAAUGGGAUAUCUCCAGUAUACGCGCCCCCUCCUCGAAACACAAACACAGACAAAAACUUUUAUCCUAGAAUCACCGAAAGGUAUGCACCCGCACCCACACCACAGUCACAGUAUGUGUAUGACAACAGACCAUAUGGAUAUGCGGUUCAACCCGAUACCCACAUGGGUGCGUAUAUGGGUACCCCGGCUUACAAUAUGGGUCCCAACCAUGCUCACUAUUUUGCAACUGGGUACCAGUAUCAGGCUGCUUAUAUGCACUAAGGUUGUAGGGAAGGGAGACUUUGAUUUUAACUUGUAGGAGGAGGAGUUAACCUUGUUGAAUUAAUCACAUGUUUUACUUUUACUGUAUUAAGCUUACUAAACUUUCUUGUGUUAGGUGACAGACGCUAUAAGUGUAAUCCUCUAAUAUAUUAUGCACUACUUCUCUUCUGUUGUUUACUUACUUAUGUCCGUG